AUGCCCGGAGACACCAAGCGCAUCGGCGGGGAGUAUGGGGAAAUACGCGCAGCUUUCAAUGUCGACAAGUUCAACGCAUACUUGAAGGCACACGUUCCCGCCGUUACCCCACCAGUGGCCGUGAAGCAGUUCAAAAACUGUGUUUGCCUGCUCACCCCGAUCGUUCUCGGGAACCAUACCAAGUUCGGGCAGUCCAACCCGACGUACUUCUUGACGGAUGCAAAGCAGAAGCGGUUUGUCCUCCGCAAGAAACCUGCUGGGCAGUUGCUCUCCUCGACAGCGCACCAGGUCGAGCGGGAAUUCAGAGUGUUGAGCGCUCUGCAUGAAUACAAUACCAGGUCGACCACCUCGCCGGAUCGUAUCGUUCCCGUUCCCACUCCCUUCGCAUUAUGCGUAGAUAGUGAUGUCAUUGGAACACCCUUCUAUAUCAUGGAGUAUCUGGACGGUAGGAUAUUCACAGAUCCAAGGAUGCCAGAGGUUUCACCACAGGUCCGUCGGGAAUGUUGGAUAUCAGCAGUCCGCGCACUUGCAGCCUUGGCUUCGGUAAACCCCUUCGACAUUGGUCUUGGCGAAUUCGGCCCAUGCACGGACUACUUUCCCCGGCAGAUCAAGUCCCUUACCCGUGUAUCCGAGGCGCAGGCGCAAGCCGUCGACGUCGAGACCGGAAAGCCAACAGGACAUAUACCGCACUAUGCCGAACUAGUUGCUUGGUACAAAAGUAAUCUACCGGAUGAGAAGAAGUUUGGCUUACGCAUCGUUCAUGGCGACUAUAAACUGGACAACGUGAUAUUCCACCCAACAGAAAAUAGGGUUAUUGGUAUUUUGGAUUGGGAAUUAUGUACUCUCGGGAGUCCGCUUGCGGAUUUGGCCAAUUUAACUCAGCCUUGGUCGAUUGACAGUAGACAUGUACCGGCAGAUUUGGUCGACGAGCGACUCACCUUUAUCACAUCAUUUAAAAACGAAGCCGAAGACGCGCCGAUUGCAUUAGAAGAAUUGGAGCGAGAGUACUGCCGCUUGACCAACCAAGCUUGUCCCAUCAAGGAGAUGGGCUUCGCUCGUAGUUGGAUGCUUUUCCGGUCUGCUGUCAUUUCACAGGGCAUUGCUGCACGCUUUGCGCUCCGCCAAGCUAGCUCUGAGAAAGCAUCUAUUCAUACGCGUUUGUUCCCAGUUUUGGGCCAUCUCGCGAAGGUCCUGCUCGAGGAAGGAGGAUACAUUAUUGGUGGAAAAUCAAAGUUGUAG